AUGUCUGCCCACGCCUCCAACCACUUCUACAACCCCUCUGGCCGCAACCCUAAUGGCCCCCGUCCUCCUCGUCGUGUCCAGUUCCCGAGACACAGAAACAACCAAAACAACCACCACUCCGACACAGACGAUCGCACCGUCGACGUCUUCCUCCGGCCUCAAGCCAGACAGAGGCAAACCCAAAAAACAUUCACCAACCGUCCUCCUCCUUAUGGCCAGAAUAGGCCCCCCUACCACAACAACAACCAUCCUCGUGAUGGAACCGACUACCAUCAGCCUACUUAUAGAAGAAGGCCCUACAAUCGCUAUAAUAACCGUUACAACAACCGUUACAACAACUACACCGGGCCCAACCGUCAGGGCAGCACCUCACCCUCCUCCUUCGCCUCCUCCUCCUCCUCCGACGGAGAUAUAGUCAUGCAAGACGUCUCCUGUCCGCCUCAGCAACCGAACAACCAAUCUCCUCCUCAUACCAACAAUCACACCAACCAAACCGGGCAACACCAGCCCAGACCACAACCAACCACCGAUCAAGACGUACACAUGGUCGACGUCUUCGACAUGCCUCAAAACCAAAAGAGGCACUUCCCUCCUCCUCCUCCUCGUUAUCGAAACACCCACCGAGUCUCGAAACCGGUACAAAGACAGAAACUGUCUCGUACCAACAUCAAUCUCAAACAAAUUGAGGACACCAUUAUGAUAGAUUGUCCGAUCGACCUCGAUGGCGAUACUAUCAUGACGGAUGUCUAA